AUGGAGCGGUUGGUGGGUUUGUUAAGCAUUCAUGUACGCAAAGGAGUAAACCUUGCUUCCAGGGAUAUCCGUGGCAGCGAUCCUUACGUCAUCUUCCGACUGGAUCAAUAUAAAUUGAAGACUGCAGUCGUCAAUAAUAACAUUAAUCCAGUGUGGGAUGAAUUUCUAACUCUUCCAGUUUUUGAACCUCUCCCGAUCAAAAUGGAAGUUUAUGAUAAGGAUGUAUUUUCACACGAUGAUAAAAUGGGGGAUGCUGAAUUUGAUAUCAAACCGUUCCUAGAAGCAUUAAAACUGCGUUUAGAUGACCUCCCUAGCGAGACCAUCAUUGCAACGGUAAAACCAACAAGGACCAACUGCAUAGCCGAAGAAAGCCACAUAACAUGGACAAACGGAAAGCUUGUCCAAACCAUGGUUCUUCGUUUACGAAAUGUGGUAUCGGGGGAGAUCGAGAUUCAACUCGGAUGGGUUGAUGUUCCUGGUUCUAAAGGUUUAUCAUAA